AUGGAUAAUUUCUGCUACAUGAGUGCUCUGGCGGUCAGUAAAAUAUAUAGCAAUUUGAACAAUUUGCUAUGUAAUGAUUAUCAUUUACCUUAAGAAGUACAAGUCACUAGGUGAACUUAAUUUGUAGAAAUCGCCAUUGACACUUUUAAUCUGUUAUAUUUUGAAUUAACAGGUUUUUCUCGCUAUCCUGGGAACGAACACAGUUACAGCGUGCAGUUAUUCUGAUUAUAAAGGUAUUAAUGUUAAAAAAUGUCAUGCUAUCCUUGGAGAUUUCUGAGCCUUUGGAAAAGGGUUAGCUAGGAUGUUGUGACUUGAUCACACACUGACGCUUCCAAGCGUUUUCGCUUUAUAUUAAUAUUCUUGGCGAUAAAACUAAGUACGUCUUUUGUUUUACUGUAGUAAUAAAACGUAACAUUCGCCACCAAGUUAACAAAGAAAAAGGAAGAAGUUAUGUGCCCCCAAAAAAAUGACUUCUUGCAGGUGUCGAGCUUGUAAGAUUCUGCUCUGAGCCUUUAGGGGCUUAUAUGAUUAGUACAAAUUCACGUACAUCUUUAAAUAAUCGCGGAUGGUUGCGUCAAAGUACUUUAUAAGUUUUAAAGUCACCAAUAAUUUUUAAAAACCACGUCUGUUUUACAGUAGCCAAAAUUUUUUUAAAAACUUAAGAGAAUUUCAAACCUUGUAAAUUUACGUGUUUAUAGUUCCACCUGCUACGCCAAAAUCAUUUUUAAUGACAAGUCUCUUGUCCGUUUGUUUACGUUUGGAGCCAUUGCUUAAAACACACAAAGGCGGCGUUUGGCUUGUCAAAUAUGCAGAAAGUAUAUGAAAUAAAAUUGUUAUGUACUUAUAGUGCAGAAACCCACGCAUACGAACCUUAUCAGAAAUGUCAGAAUAAAUGAAAUUUCAGCUUGCUUCUAAAGCUUUCUCAGCUGCCAUCUAUAUACUGUUAACUUUCCACGACUGUAUGUGAAUAAUUAUCCGCCCAAAACUAAAUUAUUUUUAACAAAGGAAUGACACUCUGUUUUUAUCUGUGUGGAAUACAAUUAUGACUGUGCUUCAUUUUUGUAAUCAGUUUCAUUCGAAAAUUUCACAAAUAGCAAAAUGAAGACAAGUCAUGUCGCAGACUCCAGAUGAACAGUUUGUACGGUUUAACUGAACCUGUGGUGGAACGCGAUAGGACACUUGGAACGAGACGCUUUACAGUUUCAGUGACACUCCAACAACGUAAUUAACCCGCGAAAUAUUUUCAUAACAACUGAAGAUAAAAUAAUGGUCACAUAUGACUUGUUAUAAUCGUCUUGAAUAUUCAAAGACUUGGAGCAUUGAUUAACAUAAUUCGGUAAAAUGAGGAACAAUAAAACACCAACAAUGUUACAACUGAAACCACUGAUAUCCUGCAGGGAGGCUUUGUAUCCAAUUUUUGUUAUUACGUACCAUAAAACAAAUUUUAGCCAGAAAACAAUGAAUAUGGUAUUAGACAUCCGGGGUCCCGUUGUGUCGACAGGUGCUGGGCUAUGUUGUUAUUCAACAAAAUACCCAAACCCAGCUUUGAAGAUUUUAAAGGUAAAAAUCAAGCCGCACUUAGCAUGUGGUAAAGCGAAAUACUUGCCUCGUCUAGAUCAAUUUAUCUAAAGAAAUCCCUUUUUGAAUUUCUGAACAAAGCUUUUCAGAACCUCUUGAUUAAUUCUAAAAAAAAUUCGGCAGGGCGCAUUUUCUGAAAAGCCUUGAGCCUUCGGUGCUAGCGCACCUGAAUAUCAUAUAAUAUUUUGCCUUCUCUCUGGUUACUACGGUCUUCAAAAAAUGCAACCUUUCAGGGACAAAACUUAGCAUCUUGAUCCCACAAAACAGUACUUUAAAGUACUUAUUCUUUAUUAGUGUUUUAACAAAACACUAAUAACAAGAAGUGCCGUUUAAGACGGUUUAUGCACUAAGAUCACGUUUGUGAGUAAACAUGGAGUUCUAAUCCAAGCUUAGGUUGUUAUAUUCACUGUUUAACGUUUGAUUUUUUUUACCAGUAGGCUUUUGACUUACUAUAUAAAUUAUAACUGAUUAAGAAUUGAAAAUAAGGACUAGGUCAGCACCAUUACUUUUCAAGAUCAUUUCAAGUUGGAAGGCUAAUUAAUUCCGAAAUCAGUAUUCACACUAACUUUAAUAAGUAUUUUGUGCAUUUUCCCAAUGUUUUUACUUAAAUAUAAAUGAAUUUUGACUGUUGCAUUUGAAAUAUAUGAAAGAAAUUUAGUAAACACUAUUUCAAGUCAGUGUUGGCUUUCCGAUAACAAAAGUCAGACAAAGUUCCCAGAAUUAAUCUUGACCGCUUCAAAAAUAAGCGUCACUAUUCACUGUUCUUUAAAGGGCCGGGCAAUCUUCGAGCCAGUGAGCAACGCACGCAAUUCGUGCCAGUCAUGGGUAAAAUACACGCAAUUCUUGCCAAUCAUGGGUAAAUUAAUAUUUUAUGAAACUGCAAAUACAUGAAAAAUGUUUUAUUUCCUGAGUAGUUCCCAAUAAGCAUGUAAGGUUUUCUGCUGGAACAAUUGCAGAAUUACGCAGUUUUGGUCGACUUUCAUUAGGCAGGGCUAAGAGCACAUUUUAUUCACUAGGGUGGUUAAGCACUCAUUGUUUCGUAUAAGGGUUAAGCUUUGUUUUGGUUUAAACACUUAUUUGCAAUGGUUGGCUUUCCAUUAAUGUUUCCCGUAUUACUGUUUUUUAAUUUAGAUUUUUUGUAUAUAUAGUUUCUCGCAUGGCGCAUGACUCGCACUGUCCUAACUCGUUUUUUGAUCGCUUUUUGGUUGACUUCAGUUCUUUGUAACUUUUCAAACACGAAUAACAUGAAUAAUGUUGGCAGAAAACGAGGGAGAAGGAGGAAAAUUACCAUAAUAUUUUGUGUCCGACUUUCUAGAAGAAUUAUUGAUUAUUGGAAAAACUGAAUAAAGCCUCUAUGGUGACCGGCAUGUGAGUUGCUGGGCAAUGUUUGCUUUUGGGCAAGAGAGAUUAGAGACCUUAGAUCAAUGUUUUUGGGGGGGCAUUCCAGCAAGAAGUCACAUGACUAGGGCCUUACCGUCAGGUUUGCGGUUUGAGGUUCACGUUUGUACAGCUAGGCCACCCUCCAGAGGUACGUGAUUUGCCGAAAGGUUUUGACACCCCAAAAAUUCACAAUCCGACGUUUGCGAAGAAAUAGUACUUUAGAACUCUUUUGCUUAUUAAUUAUCGAAUUUUUUAUCAAAAAGACGUAAUUUUGAAGAAAAUUUUUCAGCUAAAAUAGAGGUAAAUGAAUGAACACAAACAUGGCAGCCGCGAGCUUUCACCCCGGAAUCAACUGAAAUACUGGUGGACGCGUACGGGUAAACGUGAAACCGUUAUGCGCAAACCGCAGUUUGCCGUUAAAUUGGCAAUAAAAUGACCAAACCUCAAUCUUAAGGUCUCUAAUGAUAUUUCUAACUGACUUUUUCGGUAACCUUGGUAAUGUGUACUGAAGCCAACAAUAGACCUUUUAAGCUUGUACGUUUUGUUUUCCCAUUGCAGACCAUGUGAUGUUGCUCCAGAGAAUGUCGCGCUAUCCACCUGUACAAGCGUACAUAACUUAUGAACUGAAAAUAGGCGAACUCCAAUGAGAACAUCACGUGGCCUGAAUUGGGAAAAUAAUACCUACAAGCGAAAAAGGGAUAUCAACAAAAAAACAACCUUUAUUUACUUCAGAGAUCUGUAAAGAUUUAGCAGAGUCCAGGAAGGACUCCAAAAAGUGCCUUAACCCCGCCAAGAUGCAGGAAGAUGCCAAGUGAUUUGCUCCUUGAAUUUUAAUGCAAUGUAUGGGGCGUGGCUAGGGGGGUCCUGAGGUGCCCGUGACCCCCCCUUGGUAGGCCUUCUUUUGAGCAAACAACCUACAAUUUUUAGGUGGCGAAAACGCCAUGACAAUAUCUUGACAGUAAAAGCCAUUGUUGAAAAGCCUACUUUUUUUAAAUUUGGUUUUUUGUAAAGUAUUUUCGUCAACGGCUCUUGUCUUUAGUUAAUAUGGGCCUUCAGGCCGAGAAAAUACGACUGAGCCCGCUGAUACACGAGGGAGAGCAGCUGUAUAAACCAUGUAUAGUCGGCGAUCCCCGGAUGGUGACCGCCCCCCUUUGAAAAAUCCUAGCUACGCCCCUGGAUGUAUGCAAUGUGAUAUUUCCAAGACAGAUUCGAAUCAAUGUAACUCAAUUAUGUUUAGACGUCAGUACACGACCCAGCUUUUGCGGUAAAUUUGGUGUAUCAACUCAGUAGAUAAAAGUAAAAGUUCUUUUCAAUCUAACUCCUGAACCAGUUUCCCCCAAAAUAAUUCACUGUACCAGGACAAACACAUUUAUUGUUUAUGUUGAGGUAUACCUAUUUACACCCUCUUCUUUGAAAAAAAAAAAAACAAAGAUAAAAAUAUUGGAAAUGAUUUUCGAAAUCAGCAUUGCUAUUACAGCAAGGAGCCCAAAAGUGUGACCUCCUUUAAUUCAUUCACAUUCUUUCAUGAAGGCAUUAACCAAUCGGAAGUCUAGGACAGUUCCCAGCUGGCUUCUGAUUGGAUUAAAUCUGCACGAAAGAAUGUGAAUAAAUUAGAAGCGGUCACACUUUUGGUCUCCUUGCUGUUGUUGCUGUAACAGUUCCACUGAUUUUCUUUUUAGAGUUAUUCGGUGUGCUGAAUGAGACCUGGAAGGAUUUCAGAGGAUCAAUAUCAGAACUGGAGAAAUCUCAGAGCCCAACGAGAUCUUCAUUUAUUUUGAAUAAUAGCUUUCUAGAUAUCCAAGAGAAAGGCCCCAAUCGUUACGUAUACUUUGCUAGAAGGUUCCGAGCUUAUUUUAUAGCACCAUUGACUGGGGAUUACAAAUUCAACAUCGCUUGUGAUGACUUCUGUAAGUUGAGAAUGAGUACAGACAACGACCUGAAGAACCUUAGAACUUUGGUAAAUGUAACGAAAUGGACUGGUUAUCGGGCUUGGAAAAGGUAAGUUCACACCUUGUUUUUAAAACAAAGAAAAGACAACCUGU